GGCAAUAACCACGCCUAUUGUGAUCAGGCCGAGAUCGAUCAAAUAAGUGGUCAAAAUGAGUGCGAUAACAUAUUAUUACUAUCUUGCAUCGCGUAUUACGCAUUAGGAUUGUUAUGCUGAAACAGUUGUAUGUGUUGGCGUUGUAACUGGACGCUACGAGCUGAAAUAGGCCUUGGGAAACAAAUUUGAAUCAAGGCUGGUAAUCACGUGGUAAGGCUAUUUUACACAAAGUGGACCUGGUUUGUUGGCUAGGAACGCGACUCUGUAGAUAGCGAAACGAAUACAUUAUACAUGCACUGCUCUGACACUAAUCUUCCAGCCAAGUUUUUUUUAACCACAGUUACGGUAAUAAGGGCGAUGGCCCACUAUAACUUGCGUUUGGGAGAUGUAUCGGUGUUUUCGUAAGGUGAGCAUAGGACAGCAAACGUUAUAGUAAUAAACUGUAAUAAUGUAGGACAACGGCUGGCGUCUUUCGCCAAAGAUAUUCGCAAAGUCAAAAUGGUGCAAAGGUAACGCGAACACGGUGCCGAAUAAAUCACUGAAAAAAUCAAUGCGGUUAGCUGCUGCGUAUUUACUUUGGUGCAUACGCAAGCAAUAGGACAAAUCAAUGAAGGGCCUGGUACAGUAACUAGAACUUCAUAGAAUUAAAACUCAUCUUACGUAACUUUAUUGCUUGAACCCAUGUCACAACGAGUUUAUUUGUGAGACAGGCGUACUGCAGCGUACAGAGCAAACUGGCGGUCUAACGUCGAGGACUUACAGAAUUACUCGGAUCCGACCUUUCAAUUAUUCUUAUAUACUAUAUUAUAUAUCCUUAUAUAUAUCUUAUCCUAUAUAUAUUCGUAUACGUAUGAUACGAUGAAGCGAGACAUACUUCUAUAUUAUCUAGGUUGAAUUGAGGGCGAGGUGAGUUAGAUGCACAAGUUAACAAUCGGCGGGUCUUCUCGUUAGCACGAAUUUUCCCUUGAGACGUCGGUAAUUUCGUUGCAAGCCUCUACAGACAUGGCAUGUAAAUAACACUGAGGUUUUUCUGUUCCUAUUUACGGGAAAACCUCAUCCUUCUCGCCCAAUUAGACGUUUUACUCUUUCAUUACAUAAUUGAAACGGGUGAGCAAUGCCAUCCUUAGUAAAGCACGAAUAAAAUCGACGAGUGCAGGCCAGUCGUCACUUUGCUUUGACCUAAUGGAAUAGGAAUUCAGUGUCUGCGCAUGUAAAUCACUAUGUCGGCGUUAGUCUGUAUACUUCGUAGUAGGUAUUAUCAUUUAAUAAAUGAAGUCGGAUUGACGUUUCGUGGUGUCAUUCAGACUUUUUAACCCACCACAUAUAUACUAGCCAUACUCUCUCUCACUGUCCUUUCUUUUUCGGCUUGGUCCUACGGCCAUAAUCGCCUGUCUGAUGUCUGCCUUGAUGCCUAAGUGGCAUUUGCCUCUUGGUGGAACAAUGACAGUUUUCCAUUUUGUAAUCUGCUUGCUGCAUACAUAAGGAACCUGUCUAACAAUUGUCUUGUCCAAGUGGAACUGAGCUUCCGGGUGCGAAAGUGGUGACAUAUAGGUAUCAGUCAUUGUCGCUGGCGGCAAAAGCUGACCUGCAACAUGCAACUGGCAAUACAAUAUUAGGUCUGUCUCUACCAUCCCUGUUGGAUCAUAUCAGGUAUGUCAGGUUUCCGCCCCAGUAAAAAGUGACGCCAACAGCAGUCGCCACCGCUGCACAUAUCUCGGCAAAUGAAAAGCCAACAUGUGACGAAACGGACGCUGUCGUCAAAUAAAGAUUUACACGGCGACAACGAUAACAUACUAGUACCCUGACGGUGUGCGAUUUCAUUAAAGAUCGAUGUUGGCGUGGGGUCAUGGAGUUACGCCCGUGCUUGCUUCGUGAUCAGGCGCGCGCACAGGGUGAAGCAAAGUCAUAAACAGGAACGAAGUAGCUGCGGCUGUUAAUGCCUUCAGGUGCUCAAAAAGCCAUCUUGCGUCGGACCCACAGUCUACUUACUAAUUUACUAUAGAAAUACCACGAAGUAUCUACGACUGAAUCCUAACAGAAGGUGCAAGCAAAAACGUUCUCCUAAGGAAGGUAAAGCCAAAAAUGAGAUUAUUACGAGUAUAUCAAGCGUCACCAUCAAGAAAAAGAAAUCAGAAACAGAAGCUGUAUUGAGUCAUAGAUUUCUCAAUUACACAACAAAUGAAGCAUAUUCAUGCUAGAAGCUCGUCCUUGCUCAACGCAACAAUAAUGGCAAAAUUGUUUAUCUUGCGUUUUUGAAAUCUAUCACGUUACAGCAACGGCUGUUAUUUAUAGAAACGCAUUAGGCAUGCGCACGAUACAGGGUAGAAUCGUUUCGGGGGACAUCGAUCAUCAAAGAACGAUAGUCAACAAAGCACUGACUGGUGAUGAGGUACGCACAGCUCUUAGUACUGCUCUUACUGGACAGCGGGGUCUUUAGGGAUUGUUACGUGCCCGAAGAUUCUCACAGCCCCUAAAAGGACACCGAGAGAUGACGGCCGCAUACGUUGGCUGAUGUACAGGCAUUGAACGCGACGACAAGAACCCUCCAAUCAGUCCUCGCGGGCGCCAGGCUGGCCUAAAAGGCGCCGGCGGGCCCUUGGCGGGCUACACCGCUGGGUCGGCCACUAACAUGGCGACGGCGGUCAGCACGGAGCAAUGGCCCCGUCACACGGACCACUUUUUGGACGAGGCGCGCGACUACAACGUAUCAUCGGGAGCACUGCCCGAUUGCGAGAGCAUCCCCCUUGAUUAUGAUCCAUACCCUGCUUCGGUUUUUUCCUGCCUCGCCCUGUUUGGACUUGUGUUUGUGCUGUAUGGAUAUCGAGCUUUCAAACUUACCAUGUUUCUAACUGGCUUUAUGUUUGCUACCCUAAUCGUGUACAAGAUCUGCACUGUAGAGGACCUUUUACCUAUGUCCGGUAAUGUUGGGGUAUCAGUGGGCGCAGGAGUGUUGUUUGGUCUAAUCACGACACUUGUUCAGCAUGCGGGCCUGUUUGUUUUGGGCUUCCACUCGGGUCUCUUUGGGGGUAUCAGUGGGAUCGUGAUCAGUCGUCUUCUUGGAUCAACACCCGUAACAAUGUGGAUUUGCGUUGGGAUUUUUAUGGUUUCUGGCAUCAUCGGAUCGAUGGCUAACCUAUACUUCCAAAAGGGUCUGACGGUAAUCGGAUCAUCGGUAUACGGCGGAGCGCUGUUAUCGCUCUCAGCUGACUAUUUCAUGUCGCGCGCCAAGAUGGGCCAUUGGGUUCUAUCCAUGAUCUCUUUGAAAACUCCUCAGCCGGUAUGCUGGUUUUCCUGGGCUACAUUAGCUCUCUGGCCAGGCCUCAUUCUCCUCGGCCUAGUCACUCAAUUCUGCGUCACAGGAAGAGGCCUACAUCAUGAAAGAAUGACGCCGGCUCGCCAAUCACGUAACUUUAAUCUGCAGCGCGUUCGACAAGAAGAAACGAGAGCCCAGCAGCAGCAGAGAAAAUACCGAUAUCUUUACCAGAUUCGAACUUCUCAUGGGGACGUAAUAUCUCAGAACUACUUACAAUCACUGCAGUCGAAAAAGGUUCCCCCAGCAUCGCUCAAUGGGGACGACUCGGUGUCGAUGCUCCACGGAUCCGAUCAACUCACGCAUCUGACCGUGCUCAACAAUGCGCCGGAAUCGGCUCACACCACGCUCAGCCACGUGCCCUGAACAAAUAGUAGCAGUGGUAAUAGCUGUUUGUGUUAUGUAAGUAAGGUUAAUCCAUACAAUUCGUUAAGAUCACGCCUGUCCUUCUGCUUUGCGGCCUUUACCUACUCUCAUGCGGCUUGGAAGGACGCCGAAGGAGAGGAACUAGCGCCUCAUAUUUUCUCCAUCAACUAUGCACUAUGAGGAUCACUGUCUCCCAACUCAGCUCGUCGUGCUAACAAGCUUGUUUUGCUCCAUCUGAUAUGCUUGUUUGAAUGUAUAAUAGAUUAGUAAAUUAGCGUAUGCACUGAAUCAAACAGCUUUGCCAGAUAGUUCUCUUACGUCACUGAUGCGGACGCCAGUUUAGUGUUAGGGUAAUAUGAUUUCAAAAGCCUUUGCAAGGUCAAAAACAAAACACACAUAACAUAUUGUUUGCUAGUUUUAUAACACGACGACUAGGUAUUGAUAGGAAUGGUUGUAUCAUGAAGCGAUAAAUGUUGUUUCAAGCCUGAAUUUCCAAUCCGAGCGGUUCGAUAGAUUUUGCCAAUAACUUUUAACAAAGAUAACAAGAAAUUACUUAUAGUGCACUAGUACUUCCACAUAUCGCGGAAAAACAACUUGCAAGCGUUCUGGUAGAAUCUAACGCCGAACGAUGCUCAAAACGAGUCACAGCUACGAGAAAAAUCAUCACACUGUCUAUUGUGACGUACGUGAAGUGACAGUAUGCCGAACGGGUACCGAUUAGCCAAUCGUGACGGAUUAACGUGACCGUCAUAGAGCGUAUCCCAUUCCAACGAUCUCUUUCUUUGAUCCGCCAUUCUCGUCGUGUCGAUCUGCGAAGAGAAGCUUCGCCCUAUUCUAAACGACGAGUCAGUGUAGUCAUACAAACGUUUACUUUUUUGUAUGAGCGAAGAAUCUGGACAAGAUGUGCCACUUACCCUGUGUCUUCUAUCCAAGUCUGGUCUAUUAGCCCGUUCAGUGUUCACUGCCACAAAGCCAGCCUGAGUCCAAGACGAUUCACUCUGUAAAGUAUAUAUAUAUAUAGUAUUAUAGUAUUUAAGUUGUGUCUAUCACGAACAAAGGGCAGUUUAAAGCACAACUGCUGUGCGUUAAGCGUCAGUAAAGUGCACGUAUUCCUCUAUUUAUGAAGAACGUGUGCACUUAACUUCUAUUCUGAUUGGUAUUCCUCUAUUAUCUUCCGAGAUCAGUAUAAGUGGAGAAUACUUAAAAUGUUAAGUGACUGAUUCAUUGGUAAAGGGUGCGUACAAAAAUACCCAGCUGUUUUGCUCGCUCGUUUAAAUUAUACCAUAUGGUUUGGCAUUUUUUCUAUGAUUACGGAAUUAGCAAAUAACUAUAUUUUCGUUAUGAAUUUUAAAAAUGAUUUGCGCUUACCAGCUUCAGUGAGUGAAGGAACGCUAAACUUAAGAACUUGGCAGCAACCUAACGCUCCGUUGUUGAUGUCUAAGCGUAAUGGCUUCGUAAUAAAGCCCUUGGCUUUAUGACUUAUUUGCUUGAUCAGUAACUGUAGCAAUCUAUGGUAAAAGCGGCGUAGAUACCUUCAUAGCGGCAGUGCAUUCGUGUAUGGGUGUGUGUGUGUGUGUGCGUGUGUGUGUGGUGUUGGAGUCUGUGUGUGUGUGUGUGUGUGAGUGAGUGUGAAAGUGAAGUUUGCUCUAUGAUCAUCAACUUUCAGAGAAUCUUUGAAGAAUGACAUUAAGAGCCAGGACGCGGUGGAGGGAGGCAGAGAGAGAGAGAGAGAGAGAGAGAGAGAGAGAGAGAGAGAGAGCGAGAAAUUACGGCCCUUGGAGUUAUUCCAAGCGAGAGCCUGCGAGAGUGAAAAUGAAGACAAGUAUUAUAUUUGACGACUGUGACUAAUGAGGAGGUUCGACAAAGGUUUGGAUGUUGGCAUUUUGUCUGUGUAUGAACCCAUAAACGAUACAGCUGAUAUCAUCUCUAGGUUAAAAAAGACCCAUCCAAGUAAAACGUUACGCUAAGUGAUGCUUGUCCUCACAAGGCAGCCAGAUAACAAAUUCUAGGGAGAAUGAAUUGAUGAAUGAUGUAAAAGGUACUGCAAUGUUUCAAAUGUAGAUCACAACAAGUAUUUAGCUAGGCCUGAUUAGUGGUAUAAGUUUUCAAAAAAAUUAUUUACAAUGUUACGUAACGGAAGUGUUGUCGAUUACACACGGGUUUUAGAAAAAGUUUGGUGUCGUCUGUUUUCCACGCCAAUCGAAAACGGAGAACGAGGAACACAGCGAAAAAGAAAGGAAAAGCACAUAUAUAUAUAUAUAUAUAUAUAUUGCGCAUACGUUCAAUGUUUUAGACGGUAGAAAUUAAUGUCGAAGAGCACGUGCGAAAGAUGUUCACUAGAUGUGAUAUGACGAAUGCGUCUCCUUAGUGUUGAAGAGAUGUCAUUUAUCAUGGUGUCCUGCUUUUCCUUAUAUAUAUAUACAUAUAUAUAUAUAUAUAAGAGCAAGUUAUCAACGCAAGAAAUGUUCCAGUGCUAUGUCUGUACAGCUUUUUUCGAACGAGAGAUCAGCAGAGACUCAUUAUCGGGUAGAACAAUUCGUAGAACGUUUAAAAUCAUUGUUAACCGUAAACCAGUAAAUGGAAAGAGGGUCAAGUGGAGCAGCAAAAGAUCAACUGAGUAAAAUCGCCUGCAGGAAAACUGACGGCAGAAAUACGUAACAUGCAAAUUACAGUGACGAAUUACGUAAACGUAAAAAUACUCUAUCUGGCCAUGUAAAUCCGGUGGUGGUAAGUGACCAGUUAGCUACCUUCGGAUCAAAGGUGGCUGCUGUUGGUUUUAGUUCAUGUCCGAAAGCCCACAUGGAAAUAUAAAGACAUCGCUCAACUCUUCAGCACCACGUCCAACGCAAUCAACACUCGAGUUCAAACAAAGGCAAAUAAAGCUGGAGGUUAUAAUGAAACGCGUAAGAGGGUAAUAACACAACUGGGCGCAAGCCGUACAGAUGAACGAGAUAGAGGUCAUGCAUCUAAUAUUGAAAUAUCCUAUAGUACACACAGUAUUAACUAACGCCGGGGAUGCUGAUCGUGGCCAUGACAUUAGGAUACUGUAGACAGUUUUUAGUAUUUGAGACGAGAUGGCAUGUAGGUGCUUCUUGUAAGGCUGUUAUUAUGGGUCGUUCGGUGGCGACUCACGAUUCACUAUAGUCCUCUCGACAGCAGCAUGCCCAAUGAACAGUAAUAAAGAUUUGCGACAUCUUCGAGAGAAAAUCGAUGACCAUCGGCCUAAGAGCUACGAGAUUGAUAGCGGUUGCUAUGGGUUUAUGGCGAACUAGGGGGGAUGAUGAUGAACGCAGCGGUUGAACCAGAAUACCAACAACACUAAACGAUGGAAUAUGCAUUCGUGUGUGCAACUGUAUGUGAUAUUACCCUACGUACAUCAGCUAGUAGGUUAUGGUAUCAGCUAUUCUGCGUCUUCCUUUAGGCGAUAUAUUGCUUGUUCUGUUUCCCUACACGUACUUAUAAUUGAGCAAUUGUCACCAUUCGCUAAAAUAGAGACUGUGAGAAAAAGUGACUUCGAAACUUACUCUCUAAGCUGUACCUAAGUAGUUACGCCCUUUUGCCCCAACAAAAAAGAACAUAGUCAAAAAUAGAUCGGUGUUUACUUCGGCGCAUUUGUGGUCGAUAAUAAUGGCUGCAACAGACUUGAGCUGUAACAAGGGCAUGCGAAAAUAUAGUGGGGAGAAAAGAGGGGAGGCUGAAGGCGGGACGCUACCCGUGACAAGAACAUGAAAGCUGUUUCGAUUAGUCAGAUCAAUGGGUCGCACCCCUGGCUGACACAACGUUAGAUCGUUUUUCCGCCGGACGCUAGUGCUAGUAAUGAUAUUAAUAAUAAAAUUAAUAUGAAACGGAUAGAAACAAAAUUAAUACACCUACUUGUACAUAGACCUUUCUUCUAAAUACGGAAGGGGUUGGCUGGCCACAGAGUGUUACUGUAUAUAUCUAUAUGCAUACAUUAUAUAUUAUAUAGAAAUAAAAGAAAACACUGAAGCUGUUGGUUAGUGUAAAGCUAAGCUGUGUUUAUCCAAUAAACGAAUAAAUAGCAACAACUAUUAGAGAAAAAAAUAUACGAAAGAUACACAUACACACACACACACACACACACACGCGCGCAUAGGAAAAAGAAUUGUAUUCACAGUGAAGGACGUGGCAUACCCAUAUGCAGUACACUCACAUAAAAUAGACACCUGAA